AUGCUUUCUUAUGGGGGCUUCAACCCUGCAAGCCCGAGCCCACUCCUAUGUUGCCGCCUCCCCCAACCCAAAUUCGCCUUAGAUGGGUGGGAGUUAUCCCACCGGUCCCGGGACUAUAAGAAAGAUGCGAGAUCCCUUGGCUCCAGUGAAAGCCUCAGGCUCGGAGUUUCAGAUCCUUCUCUGCCUACGGAAAUAUUCCUAAAGAUAUAUUCUUCUUUCUAUUUAAAACUCGUGUUUUACAACCUAUUAAUUGAAGGGAAAACAUACACUGUGAACCUCACACAAAAAAAUUUUCUACCCCAUAAUUUUAGGGUUUAUGGUUACAAUUACUCAGAAAUUAUGCAACCUCUUAUCCAAAAGUUUAAGAAUCUCUGCAACUACCAAGGUCAUAUUGAAGGUUUUCCAAAUUCUGUUGUGACCAUUAGUACCUGUUCUGGACUAAGGGGGUUAAUACAGUUUGAGAAUAUCAGCUAUGGAAUUGAACCACUAGAGACUUCAUCUGGAUUUGAGCAUGUAAUAUAUCCUGUAAAGAAUAAGAAUGCAAGCUAUUCUUUAUAUACCAAGAUGGAUAAUGAACCAAGUCAACUUUCCCGUAAAAUUCCAAGGGUCAAGUUACAAUUGGAUAACACUACAUCGUACACUUGGUAUUUAGAAAUUCAUGUUGUUGUUGAAAAAAAUUUGUAUGACCAUAUGGGUGCUGACCCAGCUGCUGUCACUCAGAAAGUUUUCCAGGUGAUUGGAUUUGUCAGUGCAAUGUUCACGUCAUUUAAUAUCACAUUAAUUCUGUCUUCAUUGGAGCUUUGGAUAGAUGACAAUAAGAUUUCUAUAACUGGAGAAGCUAAUGAAUUAUUGCACAGAUUUUUAAACUGGAAAAAGAGUUAUCUUGUUUUGCGUCCCCAUGAUGUGGCAUUCUUACUUGUUUACAGAGAAAAAUCAAGGUAUGUUGGCGCAACAUUGAAAGGAAAGAUGUGUGAUGGAAAAAAUGCAGGAGGUGUUGCUCUGUACUCCAGAACCAUAAGCCUGGAAUCAUUUGCAGUUAUUAUAGCUCAGUUACUGAGUCUCAGUAUGGGGAUAGCGUUUGAUGACGUUAACAAAUGUCAGUGCUCAGGAGCUGCCUGCAUAAUGAACCCGGAAGCAGUUCAUUCCAGCGGUGUGAGGAUCUUCAGUAACUGCAGCAUGGAAGACUUCAUACGUUUUAUUUCAAAGCCAAAUUCUCGGUGUCUUCAAAACCAGCCACACCUGGAUCCAUCUUACAAGACUUCCCUUUGUGGUAAUAAACAUGUUGAAGAUGGAGAGCAAUGUGACUGUGGACGUGUAGAGGUUGGUAUUGAAUAAGAAGAUAGUUUUACAAUAGAAUUUCAUCGUGCAACUAAAAUUACUUCUAUAGUGCUACACUUCGAUUUUCUUGAACUUAUCAAGCUCACUCUUCUCUAAAAGAUUUAGUGUUGAGAAUCGUGUAGCCAUAAUAACAAAUAAAUAAAUUGAUUCACAAGUUGAGGUAUUUCAGUAAUUUGUAGAUUAUCCCCAUUGGUCAUUAGUCAGCCUACAUUCUGAGAUCAGUUGCCCCUAUCUCUGCAUUAACAGGUCUCUUCUCCACUUCUGGUGUUUCCCGUUCCCCUGCCCCAGUGUUUCAUUUUAAUCUAUAUCUUUGUCCCAUGAAGAAAGAUACACAUUGGGCUU